CAAUGCUGCAGUAAUCGUGUUUUCGCUGUCGUCGCCGUCGUCGUUGCAGCUACUGAAGCUUCGUCCGUUCUUCGUCAUUGAUUUUUUAUUUUUUCCAACGCAUUUCCACAAACGGCAGUGAAAAAAUUUUGUGCCAGUCAAAUAAAAUUCCCUAGCGUUAUAAAUUGUUGCAAUUAAUUGCAAAUUUGUGGAAAAUUUGCAAUUAUGGGCGACAAUGAGCAGAAAGCGCUGCAAUUGAUGGCCGAGGCCGAGAAGAAAUUGACACAACAGAAAGGAUUUCUCGGCUCGCUAUUUGGUGGUUCGAAUAAGGUAGAAGAUGCCAUCGAAUGUUAUCAACGCGCCGGCAAUAUGUUCAAGAUGUCCAAAAAUUGGUCGAAAGCCGGUGAAUGCUUCUGUGAGGCAGCCAAUUUGCAUUCACGUGCAGGUAGUCGCCACGAUGCCGGGGUUGCAUAUGUGGAUGCAUCCAAUUGCUACAAAAAAAUCGAUGUUGAAAGCGCUGUCUCAUGCCUGUUAAAGGCAAUUGACAUCUACACCGAUAUGGGACGCUUUACCAUGGCAGCAAAGCAUCAUCAGAGCAUUGCUGAAAUGUAUGAAAGCGACCCAGGAACGCUGGCCAAAGCUGUGCAGCAUUAUGAACAAGCUGCUGAUUAUUUUAAGGGCGAAGAAUCGGUGAGCUCAGCCAAUAAAUGUAUGCUGAAGGUCGCUCAAUAUGCCGCACAGCUGGAAGAUUACGAAAAGGCCAUUAAUAUUUACGAGCAGGUUGCUGCUUCAUCACUGGAAAGUUCACUGCUCAAGUACAGCGCCAAAGAGUAUUUCUUCCGGGCCGCGUUAUGUCAUUUGAGUGUGGAUCUAUUGAAUGCUCAACAUGCUAUUGAAAAAUAUGCACAGCAAUACCCAGCAUUCCAAGAUUCGCGUGAAUUCAAGCUCAUUAAGGUACUUUGUGAGCACUUGGAGGAGCAAAACAUCGAAGGCUUCACAGAAGCGGUCAAAGAUUACGAUAGCAUUUCACGUUUGGACCAGUGGUAUACCACAAUAUUGCUUAGAAUUAAGAAGGCAGCCGAUGAGGAUCCCGAUUUACGAUAAAUUUACAACAAAUAAUAAUUAUUCCAGAUAGUAAACGUAUAAAAGGAAUCAAAACAUAAACAAAAACGUAAUUUUUAAAUUCCACAACACAGUACCAUAAGAUCAAUAAAUAUUUUUUCGAAGACAGCAAUAAGUAACCCCAGUUAAUUACCUACAUCAAACAGAAAUAUAUAUAUACACAUAAAUACUUUCACUAGACAAAACCAAUCAAGAACCAAAUACACACAGGAACAUAUUUUUUGCAGACAGUACCACUACAUCUACACACUAACAUACUAAUACUAAACAGCAGACAUAUUCCAAUUGCUAAUAUUUCGUAUAAAAGGUGAAAAAUAAUCAACAUUAUUACUAUUAUUAUUAUUAUUAUAGAAUAGAAGCAAUAAUAGCUUCUUAAAACCAAACAAAGAUAAACAUAUUUUAAUUUAAAAUUUCAUAUUGUGUAAUACAAAAUGUAACAAGUACUUUAAAUGACCUAAAAAAAAGUAUGUAGUUCGAGGAACUUAAAAAAAUGGGAAAUAGAAAUUUUGCAUAAUUUUUGAUAUAUCAUGGCAGCCGUGUAAAAAAAUCGCCAAUGCUACCGGCACGGUGCGCGGUGAUAUUUGCUUGAAUGGAUCUCAAAUGAAUUCUGAAGUAUGAUUCAACUCGAUCAUAUUCUUCAGGCAUGCUAAACACUGUAUCUAAUUCGCUUGCCAAGUUCACUGAGAAGAACCACAUCUUGCAAGGAAGGCUACUCUUAACAAUCAUGAGAUAGGGGAAUGAUAGGAAAGAAAUGCUGGAACAAUCUGUAUAUCGAGAUGAAGGUAAAGUGAAAUUAAUAUCAAAUGGCGAAUUACUUAAUGCUCGAAGAGAAAAUUGUAAUCAGAGAUUUAUUUGUGCUUUAAAUACCACACAAGACGAUUUAUUACCACUCAAGACAAGACGAUUGUGCAAUGCAUACGAAAUCCUAGACGAGAGCGUCCCUGUCUGCAAACCACGAAAUUUCUGUUACAUCUAAUAAGAAGCUGUAGAAUUAUUUGCGUUGGGGAUUUGCCACAAAUGCGUCUGAGGGAUAUUCGUGUAUUGGUUAAAAACGGCAGGGAAUUCGCUAGUCAUCUUUUUAUUAACUGAGAUGCUAAAUAAAUUUACCGUUUUCAUUUUGAAGAGAAAGUUGGUAUUUAGGAGAAGAGAGAUGUUGUUAUUAGAUGUGCCAGCGUAACUGGAUUGCACCUGAACUAAUAAGCGAACGAAAAGAGUGCAACGCAAACGUAGUAAGCUGGUACAGCAACAACAAGUGCAACGCAAACAGAAAGAGAUGAGUUGAAUGUAAAUUUAAAAUUUCGUGCUUAAUAACGGUGAAAUACAAUAAAUGAUCUUACAGAACAGAAAUUAAUGUUCUUAGUAACAGUAAAAAUACAAAACAAAAACUAAUUGGCGUGGAAAACUAACGAUGUUAUGAAAAUAGUGAAAGAUGUUGGCUAUUGCAAUGCGGUAAAUGGAAGAAUUGAAAACAAAACAAAAAAAAAACAUGCUUGAAGCAUUUUGUUAUGUUUGAUUAAAUUGAUUUGAUGCAUUUUAAUGCAAUAUUUUUUUUUGUAAUAAUUUUAAUUCAUUUAAUGAAUACUUUUUAUAAUAAAUAUUUUAUAUGCACCAAAUACUGGUUUGUGGUUUUAUAAUAAUUUUGUAACAAUUUUUUUUUUUUUCUAUUUUGAAUUUGAAAGUAUUUAUACUAUUUUAAACUCUUUUUUAUUUGUGUUUAUUUUAUUAUAUUUUUCUCAAGGCUUACAACUUUCUAAAUAUGUCUGUUGCCAAAUUUUAAUAUACAUAUAGAGUUCUCUAUAUACGUACGAGUAUACCCAUUAUAGGUGUUUGUUAAACGUUAAUUGUAUUAAUUCAAUGUUAUUACGCGUUAUUUGAAAAAUGUAAAGCUGUAACAUUUUAAAUCAAAUUGUAUGCUAUUAAAUAUGUAUAUAUACAUAUAUUUAUAUAGCAUAGGUUAACUUGGUAAAUGGAUUUUAUUUGAAUUAGAUGCAACUGUUAUUGUAAUACUUGGUAAAGGGUUUAUUUAGUUAAAUAAAGAACAACAACAACAAAAAACGUUAUAAAAGCAAAAACUAACAACAAUGAAAACAAUAACUAUGGUAGAAAAACACAUACAUACAUAUAUAUGUAAUGAUAUAUAGAAAACAUUAAAAAUCUAUGAAGGAGCGCCAUAUAAAAAUGGCAAAGCAGUAAAGUGCAAGAAAUAUGGAAAGAGAAAAUGUUUGUGAUGGGAAAAAUGCAUGAAAUAUUAAAAUAAAAGCCAUGUAAAACAUUUGUAUAAUUAUAGCUUACAUAUAUGCAUUCUAUAUAAAUAAGUUUAUAUUUGUAAGCAAAGUCGAGUAAGUGGGCCAAUAAACGUAGAUAUGUAAGCUGAUUACACUGAUUUAUUAAAAUAUGCUGCACCGAAACUUAGCUUAGAACGCAGUUGGAGGCAGCACAGAAGUCAAUACCAGCGACCUAUGUGCUGUUUCGCAUAACUUAUGUAAAAGAAAAAAUAAAAUAAAUAAUAAAAGUUGCGCAACAACUUAUUAACUAUAAACAAAAUAUUAUACAUACUUACACAUAUAUAAAAACAAUUACUAAAUUAUAUAAUAAAAAAUAUGUUAUUGAAUAUUAAACUCAAAAAUAUUUAAACACAUACUAAAUUAAAAAAGCGCAUAAAAACAUAUAUAUAUAUAUAAAAUUUCUUGGGGAGUAAACUUUAAACGAAAUUCCAAUUUUUUUUAUACCUAAAACGAAUAUUAAUUGUUACGUAUUUUCUUUUCAAUAUCGCAAACAUUAACUAUUAUCAUUAUUAAAUACCAAAAACAAAAAAUAACCAACAAACAAAAAUGCGACAUUUCGUGCGCGCAAUACAUAUUUAUGCCGACAUACUCAUAUUACUACAUUACUAACCCCAAUCCAUGCGCAUGCGCAUACAACAACAAUAUUAUUUAUCUACAUAUACAUGCAUAUAUUCCAAAUAACACGUAUCUUAUGCAAAUAUUAUGCUUUAGAGAAAACACUGGAACCUAUAAAAUAUCUACACAAAUAUGCAAGCAAUUAAAUAAAAAAGCGAGAAAACUGCAUUUGACUAACGUAUCAUAACCGCGCAUAACCUAGUAAACGUAAAGAGCUGGAGGCAAGUAGGGAAAGUCCAUACAGUAAAAAAGUAAAAAGCCAUUACAAUAAAUGAAUAUUAGCAAAAAAUAACUUUAUCACACAUUU